GGCUGGGGCAAUUGCGACAGGCUUGACCUUAUUCUCCGUCCAUCUCCGAUUUCACAGCUCUCAACUGUCUAGCAGGAUGACUUAGGACGGGAAAGUCUUUGCCACGUGAGGAGUGUUCGAUUAGUGGCGAAACAUCGGUCCAAAAAGAGCCAAAGUUUCAGGAAAUUUCGCGUUGAUUGACAGUUCAACAUAAUUGGAAAUCUGUUCUGGCUGUAACAUUCAUCCCGGGUUUUCCCCGAACUGUGUUUCCCAAACGCUGAUGUUUUUCGUUAUUCUGCCUCUUAUGCACUACGGUUUCUUUUUCAUGGAAUAAUACAUCAUUUGAUAUGUGAUAAAAGGAGUUCUUUUUUGGCUGGAAUCACACCGGACGAAACAUCGGGUCCAAUGUCGGAAAGAUUAGAAAGUGUUAUUCAGAAGUUGGAGGACAGUGUUUUGAAGAACGGCGAAGACUAUACGUUGAAGGGUACAGACGAUUCACCAUCAGAGACGGUUCCGGCCCGGGUUCGAGGGAUCAUCACUAAGAAUUUCGACUCUGACGAUUACGGCCUCGGCGGAGAUUUCGACACGAUGGCGUCGUUGAAUACGACACACAUUCAAGAGGAGAAUCGUAUGCUGCAGUCGGAGCUGAGCCGCGUCGAGGAUCUGCUGGCGGCAACAAGGGCUGAGCGUGAUGAGAUCGGCAUCAAGUAUAAUGCGCUGAGCGAGAAGCUUGAGUCCUCUCUGAAGCUUGACAUUGGUGAUGCCAUGCAAGAGGACUACGCUUCCAAGAGCCUCGUCCAACAGAACGUCGAGCUACGCAGGAAGCUGGAAGAAGAGCAUUCUGGGUACAAACGGAAGCUUCAGGCGUACCAAGAUGGCCAGCAGCGACAGGCGCAGCUUGUACAGAAGCUCCAAGCGAAGGUGCUGCAAUAUAAGCGCAAAGUAGGCGAUGUAGAGGAUAGAAACGCCGAGUUAGAGGCCGAGUUAAACAAAACGAGUAAAUCGCUUCAGGUGACCACUGACAGCCUGCACUCGCGUCUCGAGACUGCCGAACAACGGCUGAAGAAUAGUGAUGACAGUGACCUUGAGGCUGCCCUGAUCAAGCUUGAAGAGGAACAACAGAGGAGCUCAAGUCUCGCUCAUGUCAACUCAAUGCUCCGUGAGCAGCUUGAUCAGGCGACCGCCGCCAACCAAUCGUUGACGUCUGACAUCCACAAACUGACUCAGGAUUGGCAGCGCGCCCGUGAAGAGCUUGAAGCCAAGGAGGCUGAAUGGCGUGAUGAGGAGCAGUCGUUCAACGAAUACUUCAGCGCCGAACAUUCCCGCCUUCUCUCCCUGUGGAGAGCCGUUGUUGCAUUCAGGCGCCAGUUUGGCGAGAUGAAGAGCGCCACCGAGCGAGAUUUGUCGCACGUCAAGACUGACGUUGGACGGGUCGCUCGGUGCAUGCAUGCCGCUUGUCUCAACUUGAAUGCCAACCAACGUCAUUCUCUAACACAGUCUCAGGAUGCCAUUGACCGUGAACGGUGCGACCGAUCCCAUCUCGAGAACCAAGUACGGGAGAAGGUGCGUGAAUGCAUGGAGAUCCAAACACGCUACGAAUCCCAGGUUGGAGAUCUGAACGCCAGGAUAAACGACUUGACCAUCAUGAACGAGAAACUGAAAAUCACGCUUACCGAGAAAGAAAAGACGACCAACACACUUCAGAAGGCGCUGUCCCAUAUUGAUGCCGCUCGUGAGCCAAAGACAGACGCGAUGGAGGUGCAGCGUGAGGGAGAUGAAACAGAGGCCAUGCAUGCUGCGCUGCGGGAUAUCGCAAACGCCGUCAUCGACGAUACGGACCGUCAGAUUGAUGAUCAUGAUGGUGAAGAGAUCUCACCAAGUUUCAGGUCAGCGAGGUCAACAUCUCCUCUGCGGUCAAGGUCACCAAGGCCAGGGUCACGCAGAGGUCAAUCAAGGUCACCUAUCAGGGCAAGGUCACCAUGUUUCGGUGACAACACUUUCGUUGCCGUCCAGACGGCGCUGAACAAGCGACAACUGCAGGUCCAGGAGCUUCGUGCACGUCUCAACUCGUGUAAGGAUCACGGUCAGACGUUGAAGAAGCAGAUUGAUGACAGUGAGAAUGAGAGACGACGCUUGGAACAUCAGUUGAUGGACAUGAGGGAGGAGCUGGAAAACUCUCGUCGUGACCGUGACGAGUCCUCCCGCGACCGUGACAGGAUGAAGAAUGCCGUCAACGUCGUCUCCAGUGAGAAGGGUCAACUCGAGCGUCUCAGAAUGCAACUCAACGAGCAAAUCGAACAUCUCAAUAUGGAGAAUGAAAAGCUGCAGGCAGCAAACGCAGAGCUCCAACGUCACCGUGAUAAUCUCGAAGACGAGAAAGAUGACGUGAUCAAAGAUAAAGAUCGCCAGAUCAAGGAGAACGAACGAUGCCACAAGGCUAUCGACAGCCUUGAGGAUAAGAUUUCGGCCCUCAAGGAGGACGGGUGUACACUGAAGGAAGCCCUCAACCGUGCCCUCCUUGAUAAGGAUUGCUUGGAACAGGAGAAGGCAGAAAUAACUGAAGCCCUCUCCCGUGCUGAGGUCGGCAAAGCGGAGCUGGAACUUGAGAUCAACAAGGUGAAGACAGAGGAGGCAAGUCUCCGUGACGCCCUUCUCAAGAUGCAGGCGCUCAACGAAGGUCUCGGCCAGGAUAAGAUCGAGCUGAACAAGAUCAUCAUGCAGAAGGAGGCUGAGGUGGCGGCCCUCGCAAGCGAGAAGCAAUCUCUACUCCAGGAGAAGUAUGGGCUGCGUGAGGAUCUCGUGCGUGUCGAACAGGAGAAGAUGGAACUAGACACGGAGAAGAUGGGCCUGAACCAGACGUUAGAAAUGAACGACAAUCUUCAGGACAAUCUCCAGCAGGAGAUCUCCAUCCUGAACCGAGAGAAAGGUGAACUGAAUGAACAACUCAACGCCAUUCUGCGCCAGAAGUCCAGCCUGGCGGAGGAAGUACUGGAAGUGCGUCGGGAGAUUGAACGCCAGAGUGAUACGAUCGUUAGAAUCGCCAAAGAAAAGGAAGACUUGACCAAGGAGAAGGCAUCUCUGGUCGUUCAGUUGACAGCAUCUGAGCGCGAGAACCGCCAACAGUCUGAGGUGAUCGCGAGCUUGAAGAGUGACAAGGAUGGUCUGGAGUCUCACUUGUAUGAGACGCAGCAGGUCAACGCAGCACUCGAGGUUCGUAAGGAGCAGCUCGAGGGAGAGAACCAAGAACUUCUGCUGCGCAAGGAAUCAUUGCAAGCGGACAUCUCGCGUCUACGCAAAGAAAUGGAGAUUGAGGUGGAGAAGCUGGAGCACCAGAAGGAGAUGCUUCAUCAGCGCCUCCAGCAGACGGAGAAGGACCUCAAGCUUGCCUUGAAACAGGAGCAGCAGGCCCAUGAGGAGGACCUCGAGCGCGUCCAGAGAGAGAAGGAGAACCAGCGUCUCCAGUUGGAAAGCCAGCGCGAUGAGAUCCUACACGCCAACAGCAUGGAGAAGGAGGACAUCGUCAGUCGAUACGAACGUGAGAAGGAUGAACUUCAAUGUGAGAUUGUGGCCAUUCAGCGUGACAGAGAUGAUUCACUCCUCAUGGCGGAGAACGACAAGCAGCAGUCUCUCUCACUGGCCGAACAAGAGAAGUCCACUCUUCAGGAGAAAUUGAACAACGCACAGCGGGAACAUGCCAACCUCGCUAUGGAUUACGACCGCCUGAAACGUGAGGCGAUCGCCCGCUCUGAGCAGGACAAGGCAACCAUCAAUAGUACACAGGCUGAUCUUAAACGCUUCAGGAUACAGUUUGAGGAAGCAACAGAAGCGCAUGAGAAGGAACUAAAAGACCUGAAGAAUGUCAUCAUUGAUCUUCAGAGGCAGCGUGAGCAGGCCCUCCGUGAGGUGGCUGAGCUCAAGGUUCAGCUGAAGAUGAUUGAGGAAUCUCGUGACUGCAUCAGACGCGACUUGAUCGAAGCUAACAGGAAGAUCAGAGAAGGUGACGAAUGCCGUGAGCUGAUGCGUAAAGACAUCUCGGACCUGAAACGCUGCUGCAAUGAUGAGGUCCGUGAGAAAGAGGCCGUGGAGAAAGCCAAUGAGGAGCUCCGAUGCAAGGUCAGGAAGUGUGAGGGCGACAAGGUUGACCUUGGACGCAAUCUCUCAGACGCCAAGCAGAGGAUCUUGGUUCUUGAUGAAGAAAAGCAAGGAGUCCAGAAAGAAGCUGGUGAUCUCCGCGCCAGUCUGCGCGAGGUUGAAAAGGCUCGUCUUGAUGCCCGCCGAGAGCUGCAAGAACUCCGUCGCCAGGUGAAGCUGCUCGAUGGUGAGCGCGGGAAACUAUCCAAGGAGGUGACCGACCUCCAGGUCCGCGUUGCGCGAGAUGAGGAGAAAGAGGAAGAAUCUAGGCGGGAGAACUUUGGACUUAAGCAGAAGGUUGUGGAGACUGAAGCAAGCCGUGAAGCUCUCCGCAAGGAGUUGGCAAACCUCCAACGCAAGAUGGCUGAACUCGAGGACGAGAUCCGUAUGAAGGAGAAGGAUUACCGCAUGGCCAUGGAAGACGGCCGACGCGACCAGAAGAAACUCGAAGACAAUCGCCGUAAUCUUGAAAUCCAGUUGGAAAACACCAACGCAGAUUGUGCCGAGUUGAAACUAAACUUGAGCGGUGCAGAAGGACGCAUCAAUGCUCUUGAGACGCAGCUUGCACGUGUCGAAGGUGCCAAGCGUGAUAUCGCAUUCAAGUUGGCCAGCAUUCAUUCCACUCUCCGUCGUACUAUCGGGUUCCGUCAGGAGAUGCCAAGGUCAGCGAGCCCAGUCGCUCGGGCUAGGAGCCCAAGCCCAAGGAGAUCAAGGCCAUCGUCACCAACCAAAGGCUUUGACAACACGUACACCACAACCACUGAUGGCCGUGGAUCCCCGAUCCCACGCACCGGCUCUCCUGACCGCAGUCGUAGCCCGAUGCGCAGCCUCUCACCGUCCCGUGGCGGUGAGGUCAACGUCGCUGACAUCGACCCCGAGGCUGUCCGGGUCGCCCUGCGUGAUUUCGUGCAGCAGUUGGCCGGAGCAGAGCGUGAACGUGACGACUCCUUGGCCGCGUGUCGGAGCUUGUCGGUGCAGUUGAAGGAGAUGGAGGAGGAUCGUGAUCGUACUGAAGGUCGUCUCAUGCAGCUCCAGAGGUCACUGGGAGAAUGCGAGGAAGACAAGCGAGGAAUAGACAGUCGUCUUGCCAGCACCCAGGCCGCCCUCAUGCUCCAAGAAGAGACCAUUCGUCGCAAUGAGCGCGAGCGCAAGAUGCUCUGUGACAAGAUCGACAAUCUGGAACGAUGUCUUACAGCCGUCGAAGCGGAGAAACGCCAGAUGGAAGACCGGGUGCAGAAGUUACGCCAGAACGAGGCUCGGCUUGAGGAUGACAAGAAACAGGGCCGCGCCAUGUUGGAUGACGCCGAGAAUAGGUGUACGAAGCUUGAGCUGAAUCGGCGAUCCCUCGAAGGUGACCUUCAGAGGAUGAGGUUGACCUUGACGGACAAAGAGACUGAGAACCAGGUGUUGCAAGAUCGUAUUGAGAACAUGACGCGGCAGAUCCAGGAUCUUGAGGACAAGUCACAGAGUCUUCAGCUGACUGUUGAUCGUCUCACAUCAGCGUUGAACAAGACAGAAGAGGCUGAGAGUGAACAGAAGGACAGGGUUCAGUCGUUGAACAUGUCUCUCCAAGACACAGCGGGUACCGUUCAGGAGCUUCAGGAGCGUAUCCAGCAGCUCCAGAGGGCACUGACCAGCAGUGAACACGACCGCCGCGUCCUGCAGGAGAGGCUCGAUACAACAAGACAAGCGUUGAACGAAAGCAAGAAACAGAACCACAGUCUGAUGGAGCGCGUUCAGGCGAUGCAGAAUGAGCUUGGUGAUAGUGAGGUCAGGCGGUCCGAGUUGGAGGGCCAGAUGAGACAGUCACAUGCUAUGUUGGUGCAGCGCCAAGAGGCUGAGCAAGAGUUGACACAGCGACUACAGAAGUCACAGUUAGAGAAGCAGGCCGUCGCUGAGCGGGCGUCGUCCCUCCAGAGGACACUCGCCAACAUCGAGACAGAGAAACGUGAGAUGGAACGAUCUGCUGUCCGCUUGGAGAAGGAUAAGACAGCCUUGAAGAAAACUCUUGAUAAGGUGGAGCGUGAAAAGAUGAGAACUGAAGAGGUCGCCACUAAAUCUGUCUUCGAGAAGAAUGAAUUAGAUCACAGCAUUGGUCGUCUCGAGGAGGAGAACAUGGAACUGCAGCGGACACUGCAGAGUCUGUCAGCACAGCUGGCUGAGACUGAACAAGGUCAUGCAGGAAGGUUGAUUGACCUGACAUCUCGUCAUCGUGCCGAAACCGAGAUGGAGACUGAACGUCUCCGUACAGCACAGCUCCAGGCAGAGAGGACAUUGGAGGCCCGUGAGCGUGCUCACAGACAGCGUGUGAAAGGAAUGGAAGAACAGAUUGCCACCCUCAAGGACCAGCUAGCACAAGAGAUGCGGAAACGUCAACAAUACAUCUCGCGCAGCGCUCACACCGGUGAUGAGAUUAGCAACAUACGCAGCAUCCUUAACGGAUCUCUGACCAAUAUUUCGCGUGAUCCAGCCCUCGAUGCUGUCCUUCUGGAGCAUGAAGCUCGUAAGCUUGAUGAAAGUAUGGAAUACCACCAGCCGACCAGGCUAUCACCUCGCCACAGGUCUCCCGUGCGUGCGGCUUCCCCACAGCGCCGUCUGACAUCUACGCCCACCGGUCGGUCAUCAUCGCUGCGACGAGCUACGAGUCCGAUCAGACGCAGCAUCAGGAAGUAGACACUGCCAUCAGAUCAAUCUUAUUACUAGACUCCAUCAUUCCAUCCAAGAAUGCUGCGGGCGGGAAAUGAUAUCUCCGUCCGCCCAACCAUUCCACCCAUCUGACAAAUAGACUAUGCAAAUCAUUACUUAAUGCCAUCUGGUGGUGCUCAUAUGAACUAUUUUCUUUAGAAAAUCAGUAUUGCUAAGAACGAACAUGAGAAGAGAGCGUGGGUGCAGAUACCUGGUUGAAUUCCACUUUUUAUAUGGACUGCGAUCAAGGGUUGGUGUAAAAUAUGGAUCAUAGUCACAAGGAAGGACUGUUGAUACUGUGGCAGCAGCAGAAAAUGAGGUCGUGACUUAUAUCGUUAUUGAACUUCUGUUUGUUGUAAAUCUCUUGAAGGAUGUUUUAGUAGGUUAUUACGAGGAAGGAGUAGACAUUUUAGAAAUGAUAGGAAUUACAUUUAUACAAGUUUUGAGGAUAAAGCAGUAUUAAGACCAGUUGUACCUGCUUGCAUGAACCCCUCAGACACCUAACCCUUUAGGAGCCUCGCAUAGUCAUAUCCUUGUUGAAGGGUAAGCCUAUUUGGGGAAAAUUAACAAGAACAUCCAAGUAUAUUUUGGAGAUUCUGAAUCACCUGCUGUCUUUGAGGGUUAGUCCGUCUGCUCGGGAAGAGAAUGAAAAACGACAGGAGAUGUUGGACCUUUUCAACCCCAGUUUCUAAACUGGACUCUUCUAAUGCAUUAGCUAGAAGAGUCUAUGCAGGGAAAUGAGGGGGAAAAGUUAGUUCAGUUUAAUUUUCCACUACUGUGAUAUUCAAGUGUAGAAUAUGUGUACUUAUUUCAGGAAUCGUGAGGUGGAUCCAAAGGGUUUACUGAAUGGCCCCAAUGACCAGAGGCUGUACAUGGAUCCCCCACUGAAAGGUCUUGGCUGCAACCCUUCCCCGCCAUAUUGGAUCCACCUCUAUGAAUCAUUGCAGUGGUUUAAGCUACAAUAGGUGACAGGUUUUUUUGUAUACAUAAAUUUUGAACUCCAUACUUUUUAAUCAUUUGAUGCCGUCCAUGUGUAGUCGUUUCAUAAUCGCACUUUUUGGGCCAGCGAUCUAGGAAGUAAUUCUCAUUGUAUUUAAUUCCAUAUACUAUAUAAGUAAUCACAUUGUUUUCUAAAAAACUUUUAAAUAUUGCGUGUGCCGUAAUUGAAGAAAUGGCCGAUUGAUUUGAUGGUUUGCCCUCGUGGUCUUAACGCCGGUGGUCUCACUAUGGAGGUGAUUUGAUUUAAAGACGUCAAUAUGUUUGGGUGCAAGUUAGUAGCAUCAUUGAUGACACGCGUGCGUCACUCACUGUACAUUCAUAGUGCACCGAGUCCUAAUCACCGGAGGUCAGGUGAUCUGGAUGUUUCAUAUACCCAAUUUGCGUCUUUAACCAAAAACUAAAUUUUCUCAAAUUCUAAGCAGAAGUGAUUUAAGCCGGAGUUAAAUGAGAGAAAAUGAACUUUUCGCUGCACAUUUUUCGGAGAGCCUACGUUGGACCAGGAGGGCGGUUGAUUUAUGCGAAUAUAAUUAUGUAAAUGAUAGGGAAACGUGAACAAGUCUGAACACUUAAUUAGCUAAUUAAAUCUAAUCAAAACCUUGUCGUGUGCUUAUGGGGAGUUUUUGUAGAGAAUCUCAUGCACUUAAUCAGAAUUUUAAAGAUUUUUGAAUUUUGAAUUUUAAUGAAAUGGUUUUAUCCAUAUUUCAGUAUUGAUUAUGAAAAUGGGUGAUUUAUUCAUUUUAUUUGGUAACCAUAGAGAUUGAGAUGAGCCCACCGUACAACCAAUUCCAGACUGAGAUAUCAGUCUCGAUCACUAGGACAA